UUUGUCAAAUACAAACGAAAGUGCUACAGUGUCCAUUUUCCAAAAUUUUUGGGAACUAAACAAGGCCUCAGCCCAAAUGCCAAAUCCACCGCGCGCAGCUCCGCCGACCAAACCCUAGCUCUGAUCCGCAGCGAGCAGCAUGGCGCCGCGGCCGGCGGCGGCGGCGGCGCUGAUGGACGAGCUCGUGGAGGAGAUCCUCCUCCGCAUUCCGCCGGACGACCCAGCGCGCCUCCUCCGCGCCGCGCUCGUCUGCAAGCGCUGGUGCCGCAUUGUCUCCGACCCUGGAUUCCGCCGCCGGUUCUGUGAGUUCCACCGGAAGCCCCCGAUGCUCGGAUUCGUCUGCACCGCCGGGCCAUGGUGCACCUCUGGCCCCCUCACCUCCUUCGUCUCCACCACCUCCUUCCGCUCGUCCCCCGCCCGCCUCGACUACAGGGCGGUCGACGCACGCCAUGGCCGCGUCCUCCUCCACGGCGAGAUCUGGAACCAUAAGCGGAAGCACUGGGACGAUUCCUUGGUGGUUUGGGAUCCAAUCACGGGGGUUGAGCGUGCGAGACUAACCUUGCCGCCGCGGUCCAGGCACCAGGAGGCCAACCACAGCUCUGGUAUCUGGAAUGUGGCCGUGCUCUGCGCCUCCGCCGCCGUUGACGACGCCUGUGAUCACCUCGAUUGCCACAGCGGACCCUUCCUGGUUGUCUUUGUGGCUAGGGGCAGGCGCUGGGGCAGGUCUGGGAUGUGUGCCCAAGUCUACUCAUCCGAGGCUGCUGCGUGGAGCCAUCGGAUCUAUGGUCCUCGCCUCUCAGAGCAUAUAGAAUGGGUGCCAAGCGCGCUUGCAGGGAAUUCGAUGUACUUCUUGUGUAGCAAAAGUGUUCUCAAGUUUGAUCUGACCACACGAGAAAUGUCUCUGAUUGACCUGCCACAAGAAACCUUUAGUAGCGCUAUGCUCAGGACAACAGAGGAUGCUGUUCUGGGACUAGCCAACAUGUGCUCAGAUGGACUACACCUAUGGUCAAUGGAGGUUGGUCCUAACGAGGUUGUAGGAUGGGCACAAAGCAAAGUCAUUAAGCUUACAGAAUUACCUCCAGGUGAUCCAAUAGACUCACUUUCUUUGACUGGCUUCGCACAUGGCCUUGAUGUUAUUCUUGUGUGCACACUUGAGGGGAUUUUCACUAUUGAUCUGAAGUCCGUCCGGGUCACAAAGGUGUGCCAAGAUAGUUCUUUGGCCUGUUUCACUUUCCCCUACAUGAGCUUCUACACUCCAGCAUUGGGAGCGGCCGCCUCUGCCGAGUGAUCAAGAACAAGCACCUCAAAUGUCUGAUGGACACAAGAUUCUCCACUGCGCAGCCUUGUCAGUUAAGGUUAAAAGGGACCAUGGUAGUGGUUUACUAAUGUAUUUUUAAGGUCAGACAACUCUUUAGCAUGAGUGGGAUUAGUCAUGGUCUUAGUUUGCUGCCCGUCAGGUUCUGGAUUUUGUGCAAGGGAUCGCAUCUUAUGUCUCUUCUUUUGAUCAUCCUGUGAAGUUUGCUUGGGCUUGUCUGUUAAGCUGACCUUGUAUUAUUCUUCUCCACGUGUAAUCUCAACAGUAGCUUUAAUGGACCCCUUUAAAUGGUUGAAUGCAAAUUGCAAAAAUACGUUUCCCCUUA